CGCUCUUGUUACUAUCGUCUCUCAGAAAUCCGUUCACCUCCAGGGUAGCCCACCCAUCGGCCAAACGUAGGCCCGCCCACAGCAAUGACGGCACCACAAUCUCUCCGCGUUAAUCCAUUGCGUCAUCCAGCCAAUCAAUUCCCACAUGUUGCAAAGCAAAGCUCGACUCUCACCAGCUUCACAUGCGGCUUCACUCCCAAAUCGGCUUACCAAGCUUCGAGCUCCGGAGCUCAAAUGCAAGAGCUAGCCUGUCCCUUUUACACCUGCCGACUCUCCUCACAUGAUGUCUCCUCCAGUUUCUCAUUCUCCGUGGUAUCUCCGGAUCUCACCUGCUCGCGUCAUCCAUCUCUCCGUUGACUUGAGCUUCUAUUAAACCUCCAGGCAUGCUCUCGUUACCCCGCAACCCCCACCUCCGUCAUCUACUCCCAAACCGUCGUCUUUUGUCCUUUGCAAUACCGUCUCGCCAGUUUUCAUUCAUCAAUCGCGCCAUGGCUCAAGAGUACAAGCUCAAGGGCGUGACUUCGCUGUCACUCAAGCCCGGUCAGAAGCAGGAGGUGGAAGUUGAGGGCAUCCAAGACGCCAAAGUUCUUCUUGUCGGCCUCCAGUCUGGUGGAAAGGCAGAGGUACAGGCCAUUGGUGCCAAAUGUACCCAUUACGGCGCCCCGUUGGCUAAAGGCGUUUUGUCCACCACAGGACGCAUCACUUGCCCCUGGCAUGGAGCCUGUUUCAACGCAAAAACUGGUGACGUAGAAGACUCGCCUGCCCUGGAUGCUCUCCCCGUCUUUCCUCUCACCCAACAUGAUGGAGCAUUCUACAUUACCGCCGAGGAAGCAGCCAUUAAAGGUUCCAGGAGGAAGCCCAACUUCCAGUGCAGCGUCGCAAGUGACUCUCACGAAAGGGUCGUCGUUGUCGGUGGCGGCUCUGGCGCUCUUGGCGUUGUCGAAGGAUUGCGCGAAAAGGGCUACCGAGGCCAUCUCACCGUCAUCUCAAAGGAGGGCUACCUCCCCAUUGACAGACCCAAGCUGAGCAAGGCUUUAAUCACAGACGCCUCCAAGCUGGCAUGGCGAGACAAGAGCUGGUUCGAUAGCGGCGCCGUUGAGUGGGUUGACGGCGAAGUCAACGAUAUCGACUUUUCUGGCAAGCAAGUUACAACUGCAAGCGGAAGCAAGAUUGCCUACAGCAAGCUGGUUCUCGCGACUGGAGCAACUCCCAGGCUCCUACCCCUUCAAGGCUUCAAGGAACUCGGCAACAUCUUUACACUGCGCACCGUUCACGAUGCCAAGAAGAUUGUCGAUGCCAUUGGAGACAAGGGCAAGAAGAUUGUCAUCAUCGGCUCCUCGUUUAUUGGCAUGGAAAUUGCCAAUGCCACUGGGGGCGACAACUCAGUGACCGUUGUCGGCAUGGAAAAGGUUCCCCUGGAGCGUGUUCUUGGCGAGCAGGUCGGCGCCGGCAUCCAGAAAGCCUUGGAGGGCAAGGGCAUCAAGUUUUACUUGAGCGCUGGCGUCGACAAGGCCGAGCCGUCCAGCUCGGAUUCCUCCAAGGUGGGUGCCGUCUAUCUUAAGGACGGUACCAAACUCGAUGCGGAUCUCGUCAUCCUGGGAGUCGGCGUGGCCCCCGAGACGAGCUACCUCAAAAACAACAGCGCAGUCCAACUGCAAAAGGAUGGAUCCCUCCAGACCGAUGCUCACUUUGCGGUUACGGGACUCUCAGACGUCUACGCCAUCGGAGACAUUGCCUCGUACCCUUACCAAGGCCCUGGAGGCAACGGAGCUCUCGUCCGAAUUGAGCACUGGAACGUCGCCCAAAAUGCUGGCCGUGCCGUUGCCUCACACAUUGUGAACCCAGCUGCACCCAGCGAGCCCUUUAUCCCAGUCUUUUGGUCCGCCCUUGGCGCCCAGCUGCGAUACAGCGGCAACACCAUUGCGUCUGGAUGGGACGACGUCAUCUUGGAUGGAGAUGCGGCGGCAGGAAAGUUUGUCGCCUACUACACAAAGGGCGAGACUGUCGUGGCGGUCGCGUCCCAAGGCCGAGACCCGACCGUGAUGCAGGUGUCUGAGUUGUUGAGGCUUGGAAAGGCGCCGACAAAGAGUCAGCUGCAGAACGGCGUGGACGUUUUUAGCAUUGACGUUGUGAACUAGUUGCGAUUAGACAGUACAUAGUAUGACGACGAAUGAACUGAACAACCAUACUGUUUCCAACCAAUGUGAAUGUGUGUGAUUUGCCUACUCACAGCCUUUUGUUUGUCUUUACAGAGUUGGUGCGGUCCAGCUAUCAACUCGACCAUCAUAGUGUGCCUAUUCAGCGAGUCAUAGCCGAGGUUAUGCAGGCUUUUACAUUCCAUGGACGACGUUGCGUGCAAAAGAUUGUCUCAUGUUGUCUCCCUGAUCAAUCAGGUGGCUUGAGCUAUCGGGUACCGAAUAUUAUCGUUUCAAAUGCAA